GGCUGCUCCCGACCACCAGUCUGGACGUGAGCUUUCUCGCCCACAUCGCUGGAGCUGUUUGACAAAAGAUGGCUACAUGGCCAAAUCUCCAAUGUCUCAAACUUCGUCAUCUUCAAGCCUUCUGUUCAGCGCUAUACACCAAAUGCCUCAAAAUACUUCGUCGUCCAAGCAACACAGAUGUUGAUUCGAUCCCCAGUAAAGGAUUAGAAUACCUCAGUGGCGGGCUAACAGGACUCGUCUAUGCGGUGGAUGACAAAAGAGUCGUGAAGAAAUAUUUUGAGAGUGACGGCGGCGAGGUUGAACGUCGAGCAUAUCGCCGCCUCGGCUCGCAUCCCAACAUUGCAAAAUUCCUGGGCGCCCAGAAAGAUGGCUCCAUUGUGCUCGAACGAGGCGAAGUCCUUCGCAAAAUCUGUCAAUCUCCCUCCGCAACUGAGAUUCCUAUCCAGACCAAAUUGAGCUGGCUGAAGCAAGCUGCAGAAGGUUAUCGCUAUGCACAUACCUGUGAUAUUGUUCACGGCGACGUCGGGUGUAACAAUAUGAUCAUCACAAGAGAAGGUUGCCUGAAGUUAAUCGACUUUGAAGGCUGCAGCAUCGAUGGUGAACCAGCAGAUUCUUGUUACGAAUGGUUCAGUUAUCGACCGCCAGUACCCAACGUGAGUCGACGCACGGACAUUUUUGCAUUUGGUUGUGCAAUCUACGAAGUUCUGACUGGAAGACCACCACACCAUGAGCUCGAGGCAUCAGACAACCCAGAUCGGAAUAUUCAACGGCUAUACGCAAACAAUUGCUUUCCCGACGUUACAUCUCUACCUCUGGGUCCGUUAAUGCAGAGCUGCUGGCAUGAUGACUUCACCUCUAUGAGUGAGGUGCUUCGAGAGCUGGAAAUGUUUUCACACGGCCAUUCUGUACUUGUGAAAUAGAACGAGGAGUCAUGAACUUCGGGACAGGACGAUACUCGUCUAUCACUUCAUAGCUACCUAUUGUUAUGCGAACCAGUAUAGUCAAGGAAAUCUCCGAUCUGCCCGUCAUAUCAUUUCAACUUGUCAUGCGAUGGGUGCGGAGAUAAAGGGUACAAUUGCGCGACGUAAUUGCAACACAACAACACUGUCAGAAUUGAAUUGAUUGAGAAAUCUAGACGUCGAGUGGCGACGGCGACGCCCUGCAGAGAUUUCUCGGUGCAGACUGCCUGUGGAAUUGCUAAGGGAUUGUCUCAGUUGUAAACAAUAGUACAACGUGAAGAGUGGAAACAAGAGCGUAAAGAGAAAAGGAGUGCUGGCGAUGCCCUCGGCGACGCCGUCGUCGAUGCCUGGAAAGGCUUCGAGAGAGCGUCGAGGGCAUGUCUGGGCUAACAACAAGGGCAUGGUUUAACACAACUUGUUUGCCGUGACCUUCGCCCAAGUUCUGCUCAGGCUUGAUUCCUCAUAAGUGACGGAGCCUAGUCGCAUAGAUCCGCCUAUCAUUCAUCGAUAUCAGAGCUCAUAUAUGUUUGAUAAGAGUACGGUCAAGCUUAC